GUUCCUGUCCACACUACACACUCAUGUGGGGAAAAAAGGGAAAAAAAACUACUCACGCACGUGAUUCUACCUUGUGGCUAAUUAAAAACCAGCUUCUUCGCCAUAAAAACAAGCAGCGCAGUACCGACAGUUUUACCCAACAUGUGGUUUUUCGAACCGAUGCCACAAGCAGAAUUAAUCGUCACGGGGGUACCGUGGCCGUACAUUCCAUUUUACAACCAAUACCAUGAUGGCAAUGCUAUCUACAACUCUGAGUAUCCCUACUUGUCCACAAAUGUUGCUAAGAAGUUUAUGCUCUGCAGGUCCUUGUUUGAUUUAGUAAACUCUUCAUAUUGCCUGGAUCUAGAUGACAAGAGGUUGUUGACGUGGUACUGCAAUCUAUCAAAUGAGGAGAGGGAUAUAAUCCGGGAAGAGGGAGGUCUUUAUCAGUUUCUUCUGAGGCAUCCUGCUCUUGAUGUAGCUAAGAAGAUAAAAACAGUCCAUGUGAAGCCACAGAUAAGGAGAGCUGGGGUGGAAAUGUCUUCACAAUUGAACAAAUCCAGAAUGCCAACAUUUUAUGGAGUAUCUCAGUGUAAGAAGUGUGGAACAAGUUGUCCCUCAGGUUCUGAAACAUGCAGACCCUGUUUUGUUCCUCCACCAGUGGUCGAGGAGAGGAUGCAUUUACCAGGCCCAAAGAGGGAGCCUGCUGCAAUACAAUAUGUGCCAGGCAACAGGGGCUUUGGGGUCUGGGGUGGCAACAUCCAUAGUGCUCCUGGUGACCAAGUGUCUCAGGACAGCUUCCAGUCCGCUUUGGACAACAGCCAUGCCUCGCUUGCCUCUGCCGAUCCGAGAGGAAGCACAGGCUCCCAGGCGCAGCAUCUCUUCAAGGAGCGGCGAGAGGGACGGAGCAGCGCAGCCGUCAGCACAUCCAGAGACACGUCGGCGCAGGCCAGCUUCUCCCUGGACGUGGAGCUGGAGCGGCACAGGUCGCAGAUGGCCCAGGGCGCUUCCCCUCCAGCCUACCCCGUCCACCAAGCGGAGUUCUGGACGAGUUCUGUGACGGACAACAGGAGCUAUAUGGACCUUGCGCAGGAGCAGCCCCCGGAGUACUACAGCUUCAACAGCACCAGGUUUGACCAAACGUCAGCCGAGUGGAUGGCAAACGGCAGCCAGUCUGCCGAGCAGGCUAGUGUGGACUCGUUCGUGGCCGCAGGGGGCAGCACAGAGAAUAGCCGGACGACAUCCAGCGCUGGGUUGUUCCCUUCUGAAGUCUCAGUGUCCUGCCACAGCUGCCCCUCAGAGUGCUCCAGCCUGAACGCCACUGCCGACGAGAGCCUGCGGCUCGAGCCCAGAGACGAGUUUCAUAGCGUCAUGGAGGAGUCGGUCAACCCGGAGCCGUGGCUCAUCUGCUCAAGCCCUGGAGAGAAACCUCAUGUUUCCCCAUAUCAGAAACCACAUGUGGAUCUGCAUGUGAAGCUGGGCGUUGGAAAGGGCCAGCAAACCCCAAGGAAAGAGGAGCAGUCGGUGGCUGCGUCCUUCAUACCAGUCAGUCCAGAUAAGUCUGGAGUCAAGCUGCCAGUAUCAGCUGCACCCCGUCCUACCACUGUGACCCAGGCUGUAGAUGCCAGUGGCGACUUCCGAGCUUGUUUCACAUCUACGAAGGAGUGUGAAGCCGCCCCGAGCACCACGGACGCCUCCACUGAGAUGGACUCUCCCAUGUGCCUUGAACAAGACACCCAGACCAUACAGCCCUCCACUGCUGAGAAGAGUGUCAUCACAGAGGUCUACAUAGCAGAUCUCGACUACCUGACUAAGGAGUUUUUGAGGCUGAAGUCAGUGGAAGAGGAGCUGGAGCUGCUGAAGGCCAAUCAGCUGAAGCCCAACAGGAAAUGUGGGUGUGAGAGUGGACAGAGGUUGAAGCAUGCAGAGCUGAAGCUGCUGGCUCUGCAGUAUGCCAUGUGCCAGGAACACUGCUGGAGGAGAUACUACACCUCUGGACACGUGGAGGAGAGUAAGCUGCACUGCGCUGGUGAGGUCCCUGGGAGCUUAGCUGAAACUCUGCACGCCCUUGAUCAGGAUUAUAACCAGAUGAGGCGGCAGGUGCUGUCAGGGGCCGCUCUGGAUGAGUUAACCCCUCUCUCUGUGGACACCCACCGGCUCAACACAGAGGCACGGUACACUCCAGCACAGAAAAUGAAUGGAUGUCUAGAAGACGAGGUUCCGCUUGAAUCAACAGGUGCAUCACAAGUGCUUCAAAAAGAAACAGAUACAGAAAUGGGUUCACUUGGAGUGGAUAAAGCAGAAAGGCCAGGCAGAAAUAUAACAUCCAAAAAGGGUGCACUAGGCCAGCCUGGAGUGUCUCUCACACAGUCAGGUGGUGUUAAAAGUUCCAAGGUGGUUUCUGUGAAGACCCAUAAAUCAGACUCGUCCCAUGGAUCCUACAGACCUGGUGGUCCUAAGGAGCGCGGAAAUGUUGAGGCCUGGUAUGAUGCAGAAGAGGAUCUUGGGCCUGCUGGCCGAGGCCUGAAAGAGGAGCGGCUCAGAAAAGUGAUAGAAAGUGAGAGGAACGGGGAAAUGGGAGAUGAUAAUGAUGAUGAUGAUGGCAGGAAGAUGAGUUUUAGCUGCCUCCUGUCUAUUGCUGACCUCCCUGACGAUGUAACGGAGGACGAUCUGUUGCUUGUAUUUGAGAAAUAUCAUCCGAGGGAAGUUUGCUUCACAAUGUCAAGCAAAUCCAGGACUGCCAGCGUGACGGUGAGCUCUCCUGAAGAUGCCGAGGCGGCAGUGCAAGACCUCCGCGGCACAAUCGUCCACGGACAGUCCAUCCAGGUGAGGCGUGCCGGGACACUACCUGCUGCAGGCCCCGAGGGGGACCACGCCUUCAAGAAGCCCGACACCCCCAGACCAGCACCCUCAGGAGACGUGCCCAAGCUUGGCAGUGUGAAGAAGAGCCCUCCAUAUAACAUGUCACCCAAACCUCUUCGCUGCCGUAUAGAAAAGCUGGUGAACGUCAGCGACGUGCCCACAGCCACGGGCACCUACGUGCCACAGCAGCCCCCCGCCAACACCACCACCAUGGGCAGCUUCGACACGCUGAUGGCUCGGCUGUCGGAGCGCCACCCGGAGCUGGGCCGCCAGAAGAUCCUGGAGGCGCUGCUGGAGCUGCGGGCUCAACACCGCGGCUUCCUCAGCGGCCUGCCACUGCGCACCAUCGUGGAGAUGACCACCGAGCUUCUCACCACCCAGGCCUCGGGCUCAAAGUGAGAGGGCGAGGAGGGGAUUGCUCCAGAAGUGUAGAGCAGUUUGUUCUGAUAUCCAGAUUGGCACAUGACCAAUACGUGUUCAAUAAGUCAGCUGUUUUGGUUCAUAUGCUCAGCAGAGUAGUUUGUUGUUUUUGUAUCUUUAUCAAACCCACAGGGAUUUUUGGGAAUGCUGGCAUGAAACACUGUUCAUAUUAGAUAUGUCUGCAGUAUUCGGUUAGACCUGGAUAAUUGGGAAAUAAAUGUUUAAGUUCAGUUUG